UCCAGUCAGCAGUGACAGCGCAACUGCAGGAAUGGUGCGUCAGGUGAGUGGUGAGCAGUUAUUUGACUAUCAUUGAAUGAAAAAUGAGCACCCCGGGACACUUUCUAAGGAGUUAUUCAAAGGAGAGCUGUUCCAUUUCAAUAUAAUGGAUCGCCGGACUGUUUUGCUGGUGUUUUUCUGCUUUCUGCUCAUCACUGUGCGCUCAGAAGUGCAGAAUGAUUUUUCACCUGAAUGCCGUGAAUUCAUGUAUAUGGGCACGCCCCCGCGGGGUCUGGAGAACCGCUCCCUGAAAAAGAUCUGCCAGCGUUAUAACGGCAAGCCCCGGUAUGUCACUCUGUAUGAUGUGGUGGAUCACAUCCCGGUGUAUUCUGCGUACACUUUCAAACGCUCCGAUGGCUUCAAGAAGGUUGAUGUUCCCUGGAUGUUCGAGCCUCAGCUCUCCACAGAAACAGACUCUGGUGAGAUGCAGCCAUUUCCUUCCAAUGAUGUCCAUGACAGUUUUGCAGAUGCCCAGGCCAUCUUGGAAGACUACUCAAACAUUGUUGAGUUCGAACGAGGCCAUUUGAACCCCGAUGAGCACCAGGCUCACCCUGAUGACAAGGCAGCUACGUACACCCUCACCAAUGUCGUCCCACAGGUCCGCGAGUUCAAUGUGGGCUACUGGAAACAGCACGAGCACAUGAUCCGCCGUCGACUCAACAACUACUGCCGUGGUAAGGCAUACAUAGUCACGGGGGUCACCACAUCUGGUAGGAUGAUCCGUAGACACAACAUCGACCGAGUGGCCGUUCCUACCUACCUGUGGUCAGCAUACUGCUGCGUAGAUUACGAUCACAAUGCACCAUUCGAUGAGCGAUCCAAAUUCCCAGUCUUUGCAGCUCAUGGGCUCAACGAGAAAGAAGGAGCAGAGGUCAUAGAGAUGUCUGUGCAGCAACUGGAAGAUUUUUUGAAGAAGAACACCUUUGUGGACAAGAGGUUUCAGAUUUUCUUUGGGAACUGUGAGCCUAAUGAUGCCAUAAUGACAGUCCAGACUUAAGUGUCUUCAUCUUGUUUCUCUAAAAUCCAUAAACAAAAAUAUUUCACCGGUCAGAAUUGUGUUCUGUAGAAUUAAUAUUUUACCAUAUGCUCUAUAUUUUACAACCUAAUGACAAAGAAAAGGCCAUUUUAGAUUCCACUGAAAACAUUCUUUAUUUUUUUUUACAAAACAAUUUUUGCAUCUAUACUACCAUUCAAAAGUUUGGGGUCAGUGAGAUUUUUGAAAGAAGUCUGUUAUUGUUUACCAAGACUGCAUUUAUUUGAUGAAAGAUAAAACUGUAAUAUUGUGAAAUAUUAUAACAAUUUAAAAUAACUUCUUUUUUUUUUGGAAAACAUUAUCCAUUUCUUUUUUAAUUGGAAAUUUUGUAACAUUAUAAAUGUCUGUCCUGUCACUUUUGAUCAAUUAAAUCAUCCUGGCUAAAUAUAUAUAUUUUUUAUUAAAAAUUAACUACAUAAACGAAUAACAGACCACAAACUUUUGAUUGGUAGUGUCUGUGCUUUAAAAACCUAGAAAUCAGUUAAAGAACAUUUUGAGAAUCACACCCUGAAGAAUAUUCCCUAAGAUGCAUUUUACUUACUGUGUAUGAUUAUGGGCAGAAAACAUAAAUAAUUGGAUAUAACACUAAUCACUUUUCAUCUUUUUUUUUUUUUUUUUUUUUUUUUUUUUUUGAAGGGUAAAAAUCUGUAUUCAUUUCCUUUAGCCUUAAGUGGUAGAAUGAAGAACCAAUUUCAGUUUCAGAAAUAUUUUAUAUCUUUUAAUUGAGAAUAUUUAUACAUGAGAGGACUGAAAAGAGUGAUGAAAUGAGAGAGGUUUAUUGACUGUAAUCAUCUGGGGCCUUAGGGGUUUUAUUAGGUCCAUUAACUUCUUUAUAAAACUGCAACAACUAAACUUUUUCUCACAUUGUAAGCAUGUUUACUGCAAUUUAUCUGAAUACUGUAACUCUUCUAAAAUAAAAACUGACCACUUAAUCUUC